AUGCACGGAGCCUGGUGGUUCAGGGGUCCAUUCGUCGUCCCCCUGAUUGACGCUAUCUUGACGCUUCUUCAUGAAAUAUAUAUCUCCAUUUUCUGGGUCAAAGAUAUGUUCAAUGUCAAAGGCAUUGCCAAGAUCCCAAGCUCGAUUCCCCUCACUUGGGUGGCUCCUGGAAAUGCCCUGGGAUCUGUCUGGCUACCUGUGGUUUACGUGUCGUCUUUCGCAAUCUUGGCCCUGCACAUCUGGCGCAUGAUCGUCGCGGCGAAGCACGCACGCAACCCCUUUCAUCCUGGCGUCAUGCACUUUGUCUUCGGAUUCUCAAUCCUAGCCAUUCUGGGCUUUGCAGGUGUUUGUGGCAUGCUAGCGAGCGAUUCUCUCACGCUGGUCAACAAGUUCAAAACGCAAGUUCAGUGCACGCCUUUGGCAGGCGCACUGAACCAGGCCUGUGUGGCAGCCAGGCAGUUCGUCGUUGCCAAUCGCCGACAAGGCCAUGCAUUGCUUAUCUUGACAGCUGUUUUAGGCUUGUUCGCGAUUUUUGGUGAGAUGAUCAUCAUUUGGGCGUGCCUUGAAGCUUGCUGCUUUGGCCCGCAUAUCCAUUGCACCGUCGCGUGCGGGGCGUCUGGCCUUGGCUGCGGGCCCUGCGGAGGCGACUGCCACCCAGUGGCGAUCGCCUGCAGUCCCGGCGCCCCCCCGGUCGUGGGCUGCAUGUCGGAUGGCCCCUGCUGCCCUCCAGUGUCCAUCCCAGUCGCGCCGGGGUGCUGCCCGGCGGACGGCGGCUGCCAUCCAGGGGGCGGCGUGCGCGCCACGUCAGGCCCCGCCGGCACUGGGCCUAUACGUGUGGGGCCAGUGGGAGGGGGCUCCGCGACGUCGAUCCUUCCUCCAACAAAAACCUCCACGGCGACGCACACAAGUCACUCCAAUCCCUGCCACGCGUCGUGCCCAGUAGACGCCGACACGCAGCAGCGCACCGCGGUGGAGAACCCCGUGGCCAACACCUGUCAGAUUUCCAUCAAUACAGGUACACGAGCGACCCUGUCUGCGGUGGAGGCAUCCGUGCAUGAUCCGCCUCAGCCUCGCACGCGUCCGCGGUCAGCGAGAGCACGCCGAUGUCCUGCGGCGAUGGGGAAGGAGCCGUCGUGCUCCCUCGAAGGCAAGAGAAAGGCAAGCGCACGCGACGAAGAGGACAUGUGGUGA